AAAGAAAAAAAAAAGGGAGCAGCUGCAUGAGCGCGUUGGGAACAGCAGCAAAAACGAGCGUCGAAGGAGCGACUGGUUGGAACAGAUCUACAAUCUACACGGCAACCACUGCACGCCGUAAUAUGCAACCGCCAUAACAAACAAUCAAUUAAAAUGCCUCGCCGCGCCGCAUCCCCAGCUCCUUCGGAGAACGAGGUCGACAUUUUGAGCUCCAUUUUCACCGACGACGUCGAAGCGGCCCGCCCAAAAAAGUCUAGGCCGGGGCUGGGCAUCUCGGACGACUUCGACUUCGAUGUUGAUGCCCUACUCACCGGCGCCCACGAUGGCGGGGAGGGGGGAGAUGAGGCGCUGAUCGCGCUCCAGCAAGCCGCCUCCUUUCGGAAAACAAAAGAUAUUCUGGGCAAAUCAACCAAGAAAGGAGGCGGCUUCCAAGCUAUGGGUCUCAAUGGCAUCCUCCUCAAGGCCAUCACAAGGAAGGGCUUCUCCGUUCCGACCCCCAUCCAACGCAAGGCCAUCCCCCUAAUUCUCGACCGACGGGAUGUCGUCGGCAUGGCCAGGACCGGAUCCGGAAAGACGGCCGCGUUUGUCGUCCCCAUGAUCGAGCGUCUGAGGGCCCACAGUGCCCGCGUCGGCGCCAGGGCUCUCAUCAUGUCCCCCUCUCGCGAGCUGGCGCUCCAGACCCUCAAGGUCGUCAAGGAGCUCGGCAAGGGCACAGACUUGAAGACUGUGCUCCUUGUCGGUGGCGACAGCCUCGAAGACCAGUUCGGCUUCAUGACGACAAACCCGGACAUAAUUAUUGCCACCCCUGGCCGUUUCCUGCAUCUCAAGGUCGAGAUGUCACUCGACCUAUCUUCCAUCAGAUACGUCGUCUUCGACGAGGCUGAUCGGCUUUUCGAGAUGGGCUUUGCGACGCAGCUAGCCGAAAUUCUGCACGCGCUACCGCCGUCCCGCCAGACCCUACUUUUCUCCGCCACUCUUCCGAGGUCCCUAGUGGAGUUCGCAAGAGCUGGUCUUCAGGAGCCCAGUCUGGUGCGGCUCGAUGCCGAAACCAAGAUCUCGCCCGAUCUCGAGAGCGCGUUCUUUUCGGUCAAGGGGGGCGAGAAGGAGGGUGCGCUGCUGCAUAUCUUGCACGACGUCAUCAAGAUGCCGACUGGCGCACCCGCAGGGCUCAAGGAUGAAUCGGAAAAGGCGGGUAAGAAGAGGAAACGACAAGGACCUGAUCGACCAAACCCCAAGGAGAAACCAACCGAACACUCGACCAUCAUAUUCACGGCGACAAAGCAUCAUGUCGAAUACGUCAGUGCGCUACUAAACCACGCCGGAUUCGCCGUGUCGCAUGCCUACGGCUCACUGGACCAGACUGCGCGCAAGAUCCAGGUGGAUGAAUUCCGCCGUGGCAAAACUAACAUCCUAGUGGUGACGGAUCUCGCUGCUCGCGGUAUUGAUAUCCCCAUUCUUGCCAACGUUAUCAACUACGACUUUUGCGACCAGCCAAAGGUGUUUGUACAUCGUGUCGGUCGGACAGCCCGCGCGGGCCAACGUGGCUGGAGCUACAACCUGAUUUGCGACGUCGAUGCGCCCUACCUCCUCGACCUGCAGCUGUUCUUGGGCAGGAGACUGAUCGUAGGUCAGGAGAUCCCUGAGGGUGACCCGCCGAGCUUCGCAUCAGACGUUGUCCUAGGUGCUCUGCAGCGGUGGCCGAUCGAGACGAAUGUAGAGUGGGUCAACAAGACGCUCGUGGAGUCAUAUGAUACUCAAGUGCUACGCACAGUUGCCGCCAAGGCACACAAGCAGUUCGUGAGGACCAAGAUCGCGGCCUCAAUCUCGAGCGCCAAGCGUGCGCGCGAGCUGACGGCGUCCAAGGGAUGGACACAGACCAACGUGUUGUUCGGGACUGGCCCUGCCGAGGACGACGCGGAAGGGCUGCGGGCUGAGAUGCUCGCCAAAAUCAGUGGGUUUAAGCCCCAGGAGACUGUGUUUGAGAUUGGCCGUGGCGGGAAGGGGACGAACUUUGAGGCUAUUGAGAUAAUGAAGAAGCUCAGAGUCAGGGCCCCGGUGAGGAAAGUUGCCAGGGGCGGGGACGUGGACGUGGCAGAGGCGAGCGCAAGCAAGUCCAGGAAGAAGUCUGAUGACAGUAGUGAUGGUGAGGAUGACGAGGGAGACGAAGAGGAGGACUCGGUGGACGAGGAAGCUCCAUUUGCGGCAUUAGAGUCCGAGCCUGAGUCGGAACUCGAGGUCACAGUGUCAAACUCGGCCGACGCCAAGAAAGGGGCGGACUCUUGGAAGGACUCGGAACACUUCAUGUCCUACACGCCGCGGCACGCCAACGUGGCCGAGGAGCGCGGCUACGGGGUCAAUACAGGCUCGGGAGGGGCCAACUUCCUCGAGCAGGCGCGACACGUGGCCAUGGACCUGGCCAACGACGAGUCGUCGACCACCUUUGGUGUCCCCACGCGAGCCGCGGCCACGCGCUGGGACAAGAAGAGCGGCAAGUACGUGGCGCGCCACAACGACGAGGACGGCAGCCGCGGCGGGUCCAAGAUGAUACGCGGCGAGAGCGGCGUCAAGAUCGCCGCCUCCUUCCAGAGCGGCCGCUUCGACAAGUGGCGCCAGGCCAACCGCCUCGGCAAGCUGCCCCGGGUCGGCGAGGCCGAGAAGGGGAACCUGGUGCACGUGGGCGGCACUCCCGGCGGCGGAGGCGGACGUGGAGGCGGCAGCGGCGGUGGCGGCAGGGGCAACGCCACGCUCGGCGGGCAGGGCGGCGGCCGGCGGUUCCAGCACAAGCGCGACGACGCGCCCAAGGAUGCCGACAAGUUCCGCGACGACUACCACGUGCGCAAGAAGCGCGUGGCCGAGGCCAAAGAGAAGCGCGUCGGCAAGUACCGCGACGGCGAGGGCAGCUCGCGCGAGCUCAAGACCAACGACGACAUCCGCAAGGCCCGCAAGAUCAAGGAGCUCAAGAUGCGGAAGAACGCACGCCCGGCGAGGAAAAGGGGCGGCAAGAGAUAGAGUUCUUGGAGUGCGACGAGGUAGCGUCUGUCAUAUACGGUCAAGAUCACAGUCUAUCGUGGACACCUAUAAAAUCGGAUUUUGUUGCCAAACUAGAACUUCUCCAUGCUCUCUACAUGCGGCUGUGAUAUGAAAAGAGGGGCCAUCUAUCUUUCUUGGUUUACUAUACAACACCCGGAAGGGCGAGUAUGCGUUCUUCUGCUGACGCAAGUUCAGAGGAAGGGGGCAGGGUAAGAAGGGAUAUCUAUUACAGGCUGUAUUUUAUGCGUAUGUGCGAAAAGCAGAAUUAAAUCCCCACGAGCCCCUGUCCACUGAUUCCUUCAAUCU